ACUCACGCACACACGGCAGCCACGCGAAACGCACGCGAGCCGAGAGAAGAAGUAAGAAGGAAGCAAAGAAAAAAAGGGGGGAAAAGUAGGCUAAGCAACAAGGGGAGCGGUGUGUGCGUGUGUGUGUGAGAGUGAGUGUGUUUGAGCAGGCCUGUAGCUCACCUUCUGUCGGUCAGGACUGCCUGAGAUCUGGCGUGCUUUCUUCUUCCUCCGGCUCCUUCUUGUAGUUAGUGAGGCUCAGUGCUGUGUGUUUCUCUUGGUUUCGGGGACUGCUACAACUAAACUUUCCAAAAUGAGUUCUUUAGAGACGGAAUUCAAAAUUACAGAAAAACAAUACAACGAGUUCAGAAACUUGAUGGUGUCCAACUGAGGAAACCGACGGCCAUCUCCACCACCCCCCCUUGCAUAACACCUGAACCUGCUGCGUUCCUUUCCAUGUUUAUUUUACCACAUUCUCUUGUUUGAUUUGUGUUACUUCAUUAAAAACUUCGUGUUGGUAUUACGCCUAAUACCUUCUGUAAUAUCACCAUGAGCCAGCCAGUCGCACCGAGUUUUUGUCGCCCCAGCUGGAAGCUUCCUCUGUCAAACUAGGUGCAACUUCUAGUCCAGUGUGCACUGUACAUUAAGGUUUUAAAUGACCCCCAAAUCACUUCUACAUGCUGCUGCUGCUGCUGCACGUUUACAACAUCACCUGAUGUUCGCUGGGUGAGGAGUGCGUGCCCUAGUACUGAAGGGGCAUCUGGUUUGAAUCUUCUCAUACGUAACCUGAACUGCCACAUCCCUCCACACCGGAGUUAUUCUCAGUUCGGAGUCCCCUCAAGAUGAUCAGAAAGAGCCAACGGUCAAAUGAGCAAGAAACUAUUCAGUGAUAAUAAUAUAUAUGAAUACUCCGAUAUUCAUCAUUCUUACAGACUGGCCCCGCAUCAUCUGAAUUAAUCUGAACCUUUUUUUCGUUCGAUUUCUUGUUCACUUUGAUUAUAAUUGAUUUACUGUUUCAUCCAUCGACAUGUACCAUAAUAUCCUCGUUUCCGCAAUCCAAGGCACUGUAUAUUUGCAAAAAUAUGGGAAUAAACUGUUCUAUUCUCAUAUCCAC